GGGCGGCGGCCGCGCGGACACGAGCCGGCCAGCAGCAGCCGCGGCGGCGCCGCAGGACGAGCGCCCAGGGUCGGUGUGGGGUUCUAGCAGCCGGCGCGAGCCCUCCGGGCCCCGACCCCCACCCCCCGCGUGGAAGAUGCCCGAACAGAGCAAUGACUACCGAGUGGUGGUGUUCGGGGCGGGCGGAGUGGGCAAGAGCUCUCUCGUGCUACGCUUCGUGAAGGGUACUUUCCGGGACACCUACAUCCCCACCAUCGAGGACACCUACCGGCAGGUGAUCAGCUGCGACAAGAGCGUGUGCACGCUGCAGAUCACCGACACCACGGGCAGCCACCAGUUCCCCGCCAUGCAGCGGCUGUCCAUCUCCAAGGGCCACGCCUUCAUCCUGGUCUUCUCGGUCACCAGCAAGCAGUCGCUGGAGGAGCUGGGGCCCAUCUACCAGCUCAUCGUGCAGAUCAAGGGCAGCGUGGAGGACAUCCCCGUCAUGCUGGUGGGCAACAAGUGCGACGAGACGCAGCGGGAGGUAGACACCCGCGAGGCCCAGGCCGUGGCGCGGGAGUGGAAAUGCGCCUUCAUGGAGACCUCGGCCAAGAUGAAUUACAACGUCAAGGAGCUCUUCCAGGAGCUGCUCACGCUGGAGACGCGCCGGAACAUGAGCCUGAACAUCGACGGUAAGCGCUCCAGCAAGCAGAAGAGGACAGACCGCAUCAAGGGCAAGUGCGUCCUCAUGUGAGCCCACGGGACGCCCGCCCGCCCGCCUGCCCCGUGCCUCUCCCGGCGCCCCCUGCAGCUGCCUUCCUCUCCUGUCUCUCGCCUCUUCCACUUCUCUUCCUUCCUCCACCGUCUCUGCUGGGGAAACCAAGGCCCCAGCGAGCCCAUGGCAGGUCUGGCGCUGUCAUAUCACUCUGCCUUCCCUUCACUGCCCACCCCCCAUCCUGUCUGUACCCCCCAAAGCUCAGUGCUGGAGGUGGCCCCCUUGAUCUGCACGUGGGAAGAUGGGGGAGCUGCCUGUCCCCAUCGGGACUGAGGGUGCUGGGUUUUUCCCAUCUCUGCCUGUCUCCGUGUCUCCCAGGACCCCCGUCUCUGACCCUUUCCCUUGGGUUCCCCCCCGCCAGACCUGCGCCCCCUCCCCCGUCAGAUCACUGUGACCUUGCUGGAGGGGGAGUUGAAAUGCACAUGGACCUCAGAUCUUGUUUUCUCCUAUUUGGUGUUUAAUUAACAUACACCCCGCCCCCCACCACCUCCAUCUCUCAUGACCUCUGGCCUGUGCCCCCGACCCCGGGUCCCAGACCACCCCUCUCGCCCCUGUCCCCACAGCCUGGGGGGGGGGGGCGGCCUCGCGGGACGGGUCUCAGGCCCCGCCAGGCAAUAACCACAGGGCCCGGAGCAGCGCCCCACCAGCCCUGAGUCCCACUCCUCGCACGGCCUGGCUCUGGGGUGCAGGCAGGGGAAGCCCGAGACCGGCUGAUGGCCACAGCACAACUCCAGGGGACCAUCCGGCGUGAAUACGGAGGGCCUUCAUGGACACGGCCCGCAGAGAGAGAUCGGCACGGGGUGUCCCCACCGAGGCCCCGGCAGGGGGAUCCGGGGUGCUGGAGAGGGGUGCCUGGGGCCCGUCUAGGGGCAGGCGACCGGACCCAGCACCAGCAGGAUCUGAGGGGUCAAGGCAGAGCUCUGAGCAGCCGCUUCCUCCGGCCAAAUGUGCCCCAGAGAGGGGGCCCACCAGGAAGGCGAGUCCUGGGGUCGGGGUGUGUCUGCCACGUGAGAUUCCGAGUGUUUCGUGAGAGCAUCUAGAUGGUUCCACGCUCUUGGGGCCGUGUGGGGCUGUGUCUGACAAGCACAGGGGACCUGCAGGCCUAGGUUGGGGGUGACCAUGGGAUGGUGUAGCUGUGCAGUGUGGUGUGCACAGGUGGGCGGAUGGCUGUGUCCAGGCGUGUGUCUGUGUGUGUGUGUGUGUGUGGCUGUCAUGGGGAUGGUGCGUGCCUGGGACAGUGUUUUGUGUGUCGUAACGGUGUAGGGUCUAUGCAGGAGUGGGCAGUGUGGUUGUCAGCAGGACAGGAUAUUUGCGAGGUGUGAACCUUCCUACAGCAUGAGUGUGACCACAAGCAGCUGUCUUUUCGGGAGCGGGUGAUGUGAUUUAUCAGAGAGCAUCUGUAAACCUGUUUGCUCUGACUGUUUGGGGAACACCGAGCCUGUUUCACGCUGUAGCAAGGUGGCUCUCUGCUCAAAAUCUGUCCCCGUCAGCCGUGGCUGCCCAACAGAGGACCACAGACUCAGACACCUGCAACAACGCACGUUUAUCAUCUCCCGGAUUCUGGGGGUCAGGAGUCCAGACACGGCUUAGCGGGUCUUGUGUGCAGGAUCUCACGAGGCUGCGGUCAGAGUGCGGGCCCGGCUGCGGUCUCAUCCGAGGGUCGGACUGGGGAAGGGUCUCGUUGUUGGCAGCCCUCAGGUCUCUGUGGUCACAGGACCGAGGGGCUUGGUGGCUCAGUGGCUGUCAGCUGGAGCUGCUCUCAUCUCCCUGUCACAUGGGUGUCUCCCUGAGGCUGCUCACAACCUUGGGUGUCAUUGGGCAUGAGGAGGCUGCACGUGUGUGUGCUUGUGCACACUGGGACUGAACUGUGUGUGUGUGUGUGCAUGUGCGAGAGAGGCCGUGUGGCUAGAAGUCAUGUGACCAUGUGGGGACUCUGUGUGGGUAAGAGGGACUGUUUGUGUCCACCUUGGUAGCCUCAUGGAUGUUCUUCUCUGUGUUCCUGUGACUUCGCUCCGCAAACAUUUACUGGGCACACUGUGAGAGAGAGGGAGUGUGUGUGCGUGCACGUCUGUGGGAGGUCACCGCCCUGCACGUGGACAGGCCCCGGCAAGAACAGUAGCCUCCUGUCUGAGCACAGCUGAGCCCCCUUAUCCCGUGGGGGGCCCAGGGCCCAGCAGCAGCGGGUGGUGCCCCUUGUCGGCUCCAGGAGUGGUUCCUGGGCCUUGAAGGUGCCGGAGAGGGUGGGGCUGGGGCAGGGGUCUGGGCCCUUUUCUCAGGGACACACCCUGAUAGCACAAUCUCUCUGGGGCCCCGCCCGCCUCCAGGCCUCUCCCUCCCCAGGCCCCACCCCGACAAGAGAGGGGUUCUGCAGCAGGAGGGGGCCCCGGAGCCUGCCCCCGCUGCUGCCCAUCCUGCCUGGACAUCCCUGGGUCUGCGGACCGCACCAGGCCACGCUUGCUGUAAUCCCGGCCCUGCCCCCUCUGCCCCGCAUGUGGGUGCCCCCGCCCCCUGUCGUGGGGUCUGUGUAGCAUUCGCUCUAGAAAUAGUUUUCCUGCAAUAAAGAAGUGGAUCCUGCA